CAAUGAGAACUCUGGUUCAAAUUCUAAUACUAAAAUAAAAAUUUAAGAAAAAAAUGAUAAAACUUUUUUCGCAUUAAGAUACCCAGAUUCUGAGAAGAUAUAUUUAGUAGCAUAUUUGUAACUAUUUCAUUUAAAAGGUAAAAAAAUAAAAGUUUCAACCAAUUCAAAUACCUAACAGUAGACCAACGUCCACAUAACCAUAAUCCUUAUGCUAGUGUAUUGACUAAGGCACAUGUGCAAGAGAAACUGCAGAAUCUUUGGGAUGUUGAAAUUAUAUGUGAUUUUUAUAUUUUCCUUUUUAAACUUUUUCCAUGACAGAAAAUAUUGAAUUUGUGUCAUAUAAAUAGCUUGUUCUCAGAUUAAUUAUAUAAAAUGAAGCCAGAAAACACUGAAAAUUCAAGGACAUGGUUCCACAGUCCACACCAGAAAGAAACAGCAAAGAGAUUGAAAAAAUCAAACAUUCAUGAUCUACUUAAAAUAACUGCUUCAAAAUAAUCUUUAGUAAGGUCUAAGUUAAAUGUACACCAGCAGUUUCACAUCUAAGUACUUUCCCAAAGAAAUCCAAGUCUGUACCAUACAAACACCUGUGUAAGAAUGGUCAUAGCACCUUCCUUUUUAAGGUCAGCACUGGAAGCAGCACAAAUGGCCAUGAGCAAAUGGAUGUGGGAACAAGUCCUGCUCCACCCACACAAUGGCAUGUGACAACUGCACUGCUGACAAAAAUCAGCACGUGUGAAACCCAGCGUGGUUUUGCUGCUUGAAGAAGACCUACCAAAACAUUUAUACGGAAUAUUGACAGCCCCAUCCUCACUAGAAAAGGCGAACUCUCCACCAAAGACACAAAACACAUGGUCUGCUUGGGAUAGGAGGACAGGAGGGGAUAUCAGUGGCCACAAGCAAAGUCCCGAAGCGAUGUGUGAAUGUGUUCUGCAACUGCACUGGGGUGAUGAUCUCCACGGCCUGACAAAGACUGCACCUUACAGUCACCACCUGCUGUCCCCUCAUACUAUGUCGCUGUACUGCAUACUGCAGUCAGUGAUUGAGUUCAGAAUCUAAGCAUGAAUAGUCAUCCAUGUGCAUCUGAAAGGUAAAACCUGCUAUGAAUCCUCCCCUCCUGGCCAUGUAGGGGUUAUAAUUUGAAACAAUUUUAUCCAUUAAGGAAAAUGAUUAUAGAUGUUUGUGGAACAUCUCCAUAGUCACUAUCAGAAUUGAAAUGAAACUGAAGGCAACCCAGGAAAGAAAAUUGUCCUAAAAUCCAACAGAUCUCUAAGUGAUGACCCUGAGCACUGUGUCUUGAGAGGGAAUGGGCCCUUUAGAAGGAAAAGCACACUCCCCCCUGUACUUGCUGCAUCUUAGACAUCUACACAUUUGUUGCAUUAAAACUUCAAAUACAUCAGACUCCUAACAUCACAAACAGCUGUCUGCGUUUUCAUUUCUGUUUCUCAGGAGCACACAGAUUGUUCUAUGAGAGAAUGGGGCCAUAGGGUGUUCUUAUCAGAGGGGGAGCUCAGUCUGUGGGCCCAGCAUAUGACCUCACUUCCUUGGCAACAGGUCCAAACAGAACUUGGAACCAUAGAGUCACCGGACAGCACAGUCUAAUGGCAGCUGCCUUCCCAGUCACUUGGCUGGAGACAGUCAGAGGAGAACACGCUGUGCUAUUUUCCCAGGUCUCCAGGCUGCAGCUGCAGGACCCUGCGCAGGAAAAGCACUUGGAAACGAGUGCGAGGAUGGAUCACAAGGUCUAGAUGCUCCUUGAGGCCAUAAUGCAAAAAGCAAAAGCAGUGGUGUGCAGAAGUAGGGUUCCUGUCUCAAAGCAAGGAGACAUCUCAGAAAGAGUCAAGGCUCAUGCACUUCUGAGGCAUUGAGCAGAAAAAAGGAAUUGAGGACAACAUUCUCCAUCUCCACACCAUGUCUCGCCCCGUGCCCAGAAGACCAGAAUACCAUAAAAUAAACAGAGACCUCUUGGUCCUCACCUAUGGAGCUCUGGUUGCCCAACUGUGUAAAGAUUACGAAAAAGAUGAAGACGUGAACAAAUACUUAGAUAAAAUGGGAUACGGCAUUGGAACACGGCUGGUGGAAGACUUCUUGGCUCGAUCUUGUGUGAGAAGAUGCCACAGUUACUCAGAAAUUACACACAUAAUUGCUGAGAUGAAUGUACUUUUUCCACUUCCACCCACAUGCCCAGUUACUGGUCGGGACUGUGUUGACGCACCUGCAUUUGCUACAGCUCCUUUCAUCCACAUCUUUCAGGCCUCCUCCCACAAGAAUCAGCCCCAGGUCCUUCUCAUUCUGCUGCAAAGUCAACAGGUUGCUUUCAAGAUGUACUUGGGAGUUACACCAAGUGUGACCUGUAACAAUUCAAGCAAAAAUGAAUUUUCACUGAUUCUAGACAAGAAUCCUCUUUCGGAAUUUGUGGAAGAGCUCCCUGCUGGACGGUCUUCUCUAUGCUACUGCAAUUUACUCUGUGGGAUCAUCAGAGGGGCCCUGGAAAUGGUUCAUUUGGCUGUUGAUGUCAUGUUCUUGCAAGACAGACUAAAAGGCGACAGUGUGACAGAAAUAGGAAUAACAUUUUUAAAACAGCCCGAGAAGAAAAAAUACAGACGGAGAAAAUGAAGGCUAACAUGCUAAAUGUGCAGGGUGCCUGGCCACAAGCGUGUGGAAUUAGCUCACAUGGACAGCCGCAGAGAUUUAGAAUUGCUCACCAGCAUGGGCUUUGAAUGGCUUAUAAAUCAGCCAGAAAUUUGAAAUGUGGGGCAUGAGGAUUUUAUUUUGCUUAUAAAUCACACAUUUUCAUAUCAUGUCUACAAGAUUUCAUAUACAAAUAACUCUGUAUAAGAUGGCAAGCAUGAAUUCCAUGUGUUACACAGCUCAUCCUCAGAGUCUUUUCAUUCAUUUUACUUAUAAUGAAGGGGAAAGGGCAAUGCCUGUACAAGUAAUUGGUAUGUUAUCCUGUGUCACUGGAAAAAAGAAUGAUACAGCGUAAAUUCAUUAAAUAGCCAUAGUUUUUAAAUACUAUCUACAACAUUCUCUGUAGAAACACUUCUAUUUGUAGCACUUUUCCAUAGUUUUAAAAAAUUAUGAAUGAUUUUUCUCAAAUAUUAUUUUGGUUUAUACCUUCAGGAGGCAAAAACUCGAUUUGUAAUCAUCAAGACAAGGUACUUAUUUGGAUGCCAAUUCUGAAGAAUUUAAAAAUAGCAUUUAAUUUGCAUUCAUUUAAUUUUAAUUUUUUUUUACAAUAGUGGUAUCUACCCCUUUCUUUUCGCAUGAAAUAUUACUGACAGCUGGGAAAUCUGUAAAAGGAGUGGUAAAUAAUGUUCUUAGAGAGUAGUUCCUUACCCCACAGUUUUCAAGAACUGAGAAAUUUUACUGAAAAGGAUCAACAUGUAAUGUGUGUAUGUACCAAUUCCCUAGGAUAAAUGUAUUUACUAUGUAUCACAAAUGUGUACUAAUAAAAAAUGGGAAGAAAAAA